AAUUGUGUCACUUAACAGGCAGCUCAACAGACCCAGCAAAUAAGUGCUUUGAAGUUUUACUAUUUGCUAUUAGGAACUAUGAAUACCCUGGCUUAAUAGGGUAGUUAAUAUAUCUAGUUAUAUUCAUUGGGAACAUAUGUCCAUACCUAUCUUCCAUGUAUGAUGUGUGUACUAUCACUUUGGCAAGUGUAAUUGCCACUUUGUUGCAUACCACGCUGUGUGAUUUCAAUGCCACUUGUAUUAGGUAACUGUCAGCCUGAUAUACCCCGCAACAGCAGUUGGUUAGAGUAUCAGAGGUGUGCGACAAUCGUGAAUGGCCCGGCCAAGAGAGAGCCAGCUGGAGUGCCUAUCACACCUGCCGCCGAUAAGAGUUUUUCCAGGCGACACAAUGGCAAUAUUUAACCUCUGACGGCAGCUCAUUUGAGUUUCACACGCCGCUAGAGGAGGAGGCGGAGGUGGUGGCCAGCCCAGCAUAUCGAAUCAUCAAGAGCAGAAUCCGAAAGGAGCGGGGCAUCGUGGGCGAACACAUGUUGCCAUGUUGACAAGGGCGCGGACGUGGGAGUGGGAGCGGUUGCCAGCGAUGCGGCUGCUGUGGCUGCUCUGUUUGCUAGCUGGUCAGGUGCUGCUCGGCAACGGCGCCUCGGUCACCUGGGGUCAUGUCCACAAAUACGCCAGCGUGCUGCACACCGAAGAUGUUUACCUGCCGCCGGGCAGCCCCGGCCGAGAUGUGGCCUACGGCUCGCAGAAUGGCAGCGAUAACUACCGGAUUACGGGCGUGCACGUCGAGGAUCUCGGCGCGCAAGGAGCGGAGGCAGUCCUCACGGCUGGCGGCAUUGGCCAGCAGUUUGUGGUCCUUCACUGCCGGCGACUUCGGGGCGCCGAGGAGCAGCCACAGGCGGCUCAUCUCGAGGUGUCCAUCUAUGGGGUGGACUUAUAGGCUGUUUGCUACUGGUGGGGGCAGUAAUCCCCCAUUGUUGUAAAUAUCAAUUGGGGUGGAGAACUUUCAGCCUGAGUUAGUAUAUCUUAAGUAAACAUGUGACUUCAUGUAAAGUAUCUGUAGGAUGCGGAUAGCAUUAUUUGAGCAUCUGCAGCACUAAGCCUCCCACGCCAACCUAUUCUAGUGCUAUCUGUAGUGAAAUCGAGCUGCUCAGAUUGUAUUUACUACCUACGCCCUACAGUCGCUAUAGUAAUGAUGGGUUUGGGCUUUUUAUCUGCUCUUUGGACUGAAAACUUUGCAACUGGCACUGAACAACGUAAUCAUAUCUUAAGUUGGGAGUUGCCAGGGGUUGUGAAGUCGGAUGUCGCUUAUGACCUUAUGGAAAUGGGCCAAAACUAUGUUGGUUUGUAACUUUUUCCUUAUUUUUCCAUGGCUGCCAGAUGCACGGGCUUAAAUUUAUUUAAUUGAAAUGUAAUAAGACCAACAAGUCGGAACGGACGUUAUAAUAAACUUCCCUCAAACAAAACAUGAAUUGUAAAUCAUGUGUGUGUUUCUGCGGUGAGCGAAAUGAGUUGUGGGCUGUGUGGGCA